AUGUAUCCCGACAAAAGAUCCCACACUGAGCUGGCUCCCGCCCCGCAGCUCAGGCAUCGCACGUCGUACUCUGAGGAUCGCGGUUUCGCAGGAUGCAUCGAGGAGGCGAUCACGAACCCUGGCUCCGUGAAAAUCAAUGCUAAGGGCGCUUUCAUUGUCAACGAGGAGGAGGAAUUGGGGUCUUCUCCGAAUAAUGGCGUGGCAAAGGAUGGUGUCUACUAUGAACGGAAGGACAUCCGUCUGCCCCAUCAGACUGGCGUCGUCAGCCAUGUUGCGGUUGAUAUCGGAGGCUCGCUGGCAAAGCUGGUUUACUUCUCCAAGGAAAUUGAUUCACCAGACAACGGAGGACGCCUCAAUUUCAUUAAUUUCGAAACUGAUCGGAUUGACCUCUGCAUCGAAUUUAUAAAGAAACUGAAAGAAUCUCACGAGAAGAAUUAUGCUACAGAUCCUAGUGAGCUGUGUGUCAUGGCCACUGGAGGUGGGGCGUUUAAAUACUACGACCAUAUGAAAGAAGAACUUGGCAUCAAUGUGCUUCGAGAGGACGAGAUGGAAUGUCUAAUAAUCGGUCUGGACUGGUUUAUCACCGAAAUCCCGAACGAAGUGUUCAGCUACAGCGAAACCCUUCCAACCGAGUUCUUGGAGCCUCGACCGGACGUCUACCCGUAUCUACUUGUAAAUAUAGGCUCGGGGGUGUCGAUGGUCAAGGUAUCCGGACCAAGACAGUUCCAGCGUGUUGGAGGCACCUCUCUAGGAGGUGGUACCUUUUGGGGCAUAAUGUCUCUGUUGACUGGCGUGCGGACUUUCGAUGAAAUGCUAGCCAUGGCGGAUCGAGGCGACAACAGCGGUGUCGACAUGCUCGUUGGAGAUAUCUACGGCACCGACUAUGGCAAGAUUGGAUUGAAGGCUACUACCAUUGCUAGCACUUUUGGAAAAGUGUUCAGGAUGAAGCGGCUCGCCGAGCGUCAUGCUGAGGAUAGAGGAGGGAUGGCACACCACGACAGUGAUUCGGAUUCAGACCCUUCUCAGUUCAGUCAUGAAGAUAUGAGUAGGAGCCUUUUAUACGCAAUCAGUAACAACAUUGGCCAAAUCGCCUACCUACAAUCCGAAAAACACAAAAUAAAGCACAUCUACUUUGGAGGAUCCUUUAUUCGUGGACACCGCCAGACGAUGAACACUCUCUCCUACGCUAUUAGAUUCUGGUCCAACGGAGAAAAGCAGGCGUAUUUCUUACGGCAUGAAGGCUACUUGGGCGCUGUCGGCGCAUUCCUCAAAAGACAACCCGAAACCUGGGGCCGUAGAAGGAGUAUCGAGGAAGCCGCUGCUGCUCGAUAUUCCAAAUUCAGAGAGGAUUUGAGACGCUUUGCUAGAAAAGAACGAGCAGGUAGAGUGGUAACCUGA